CCCAAGCCUCCGCGAUUUCACACGCCAACGCCAUGACUAUUCUUUGACAUGAAUACCUGACACUUUUAUGGACAGUCUGUAUUGGUUUCAAAUACACAUUCUACCAAAAUAACCCACAAUGGCGUCCUCGAGAGAAUCCUCGCCGGCGAGCGAAGGUGGCACCUCGUCCCCAGCUCAAUUGACUCCCAAUUCGAAGGUCAAGGCCAUGCUGGCUGCUUUCGAUAACGACUCGGACGACGAGAGUGUUUCCGGUUCUGCAAGAACCAGAUUAUUGUCAUCAAUCGCGAAAACAACCAGUGAUUCCACCGAAACUGCGAAGACACACGAAGCGGCUACAGCAGAUACUUCGCAUAGCACGGCACAAGAGGAUACUGAAGAUGACGACGACGAGGAAAUUGUGCGGCCAAAAGGACGGAUGGCUGUUAGGACGCUGGCAGACAAGAAGUCUGAAGAGGACAAGCCAGCUGUAGACGGCGCGCGAGAAAGAGUCAGAAAGAUGCUUAUGGCCAAGACCAAAUCACCCGAACCUGCGGCGAAUGCUGAAAAUGAAGCUGGGAGUGAUGAAGAAGAGGUACCUGUUGCAUCACGAAAACGAAAGAUCCGCGUUCCAAGACGCGAAACUCCUCCCAAGUCGAGUCCAGCCAGAACAGCCGCAUCACCGGACCUCUUCGUCUCACCUCGGCCGGACAAAGCCACCACCCCUUCUGGCGAUGCGCCAGACAGCGACGACUUACCGGAGGUAGGAAAUGAUAGGUUCAUGGCUCUCGUGGCGAAGAAACGCGAGGAACGUCUUGCUAGAGAAGCGAAAUUGGCGAAGGAGAAGGCGAAGAAGGCUGCGGAACGGAAAAAGUACUCUUCUCUCUUGGAGAAAGACGACCAGUUCGACGAUAGUGAUGAAAAUGUCGAACGACGCCUCACUCAGCAGGCACGCCCUACUCGGAAGGCAAGCAAAAAGGCCCAAGAGGAAAUACUGCGAGAGACGCAACGAUUAAGUCGGAAUCAACAAUUGGCUCACAAUGCUACCACAAAGAAGAAAGUUACGAAGGCAAGCUUAUUAGCAAAGUUCAAUUACAAACCUGCCAGGCAUGUCGAAGAAAUAUCAGAUCCUAUUCGUCCAACCAGCUCGAGUUCUGCUGCCGCACCACACUCUGAUGUGGAAAUGAAGGAGACCCCGCCAACUUCUCCUGCAUCCCCCGCAGAAAACGGCACGAAGCUGAAUGCUCCAACAACCCUGCACCAAGUCCAGCAGCAAGUGGAUGGCGCUGAUAAUUUGCCCACUUUUGAAGAGAAGCUAACGAAGCUGUCUUCAUCUCUGCCACCACAGUUGGAUAAAGGGAAAGGAAAGGCGAUCGAGGAACCCACCCCAGACCCCGAUGUUUUCAAGAGGCCAUUGUUCAAGCAGCGGCCGAUUCGAGUCCGACCACCAAAAGCCGCAGAUAGGAAGGUGUUCCCAAUGGACGACUCAGACAGCGAUCUUGAGAUUGUCACUGAAACCCCUGUUCUUAAGAAGAAGCUGGAGUCUUUCUUUGAUCAGGCACCUGCUAAGGUGGAGAAGGAAUCACGCCCCAUUCAUGUUCUCCGCAUGUUGUCCAUGAGGUCCCCAGAAAUGCCGAAAACAGGCCGCACCAAGAAGCCAUCGAUGACCACAACAGAACUUCAACUUUCUUUGCAACAACGUGCUAGACAACAAGCUGCGAGAGAGAGAGAGGAGAGGCUGCAAGCUUUGAGGGAUAAAGGCGUCAUUGUUCAGACAGCCGAAGAACGAGAAAGGGAUAUGGCCGAUGUCGAUGAUAUUCUUGCUCGAGCUCGGCGUGAGGACGAAGAGCUGAUGAAGCGAGAGAAAGCGGCUGCGAAAAAGGCACGCAAAGAAAAUGGCGAGGUGGAUCCCUUGGGAGAUAGCAGUGACGAUGAGGAUUGGGAAGAAGGGAAAGAGGACAUUCCGGAAGAACUUUCCGUCUCCGGUUCAGAAGACGAGAACAGCGGCGAAGAAGAGGACGAGGAUGCAGAGGAUGAGAUGGUGAUGGAUGGCGAGGAUGCCCCCUCAAAUCCAAUGUUUGACAAUGAAGCGGACGAAAGCGAGAACGAAGAGAGUGAAGCAGACUUAUCUAUUCAUGAGGAGAAUGCAGAGGAUGGGGAUGUGGAUGAGGAGGACGAGGAACAAGAGCACUCACCGGUCAAACAGAAGCACCGUCGAUCGCGAAAUCCAAAUGUGAUCUCAGAUGACGAAGAUGAGGACAAAGAAAAUAUGGUCCAACCAACACCGCAACAACUUCGGACUGAGUCUCCCCUCCAGCUACGUACAGAGUCGCCCAUGGCUCCAAAUUCUGUUCUUCGAUCUGCUACGAAGACUUUCAUCCCUGGACUCACCGUGGCUGGCCCAGCAGGUCUUGGUCUCACACAGAUCUUCGCGGGAACCAUGGACGAAACUCAAAUCGAUCCCUUCGAAGAUCCCCCCACUGGUCAGAACGGCACGGAACAUGAUUCUUUGGCAUUUUUGAGACAGAUUCCUGGCCCCGAACUUCCACCCUUCGUUCCUACUUUGGCAGAAGACACGCAAGAUGUCCACAUGGACAAUCCUUCUCAGCUCAGUCAUGUUCCCGAGUCACAACCAAACGAUUCGGAAACGCAAGGGAUCGAACUCAACUUCUCCCAGUCACAGAUUCACGGCUUCGACAGUCUUGUCCAAGGCACUCAGAUGUCUCAAUUCCCUGAAGCUACGCAAGAUGUUGGAUUUCAGCACAUGACACCAAUCAGAGGACGAUUUGUUGACGGGCCUCCAUCUACAGUGGGCACCGUGAGGCUCGAUCCUACAGCUGUUCCUGAAACCACCGAGGAGACUCCAAUUGUUAAGAAGAAGGGAAAGCUUCGGCGAAGAGCUCAAGUCGCGGCCUUUUCGGAUGACGAGGAUGCUGCAGACCUAACUGAGCUGAAUAUCGAGGAGGAUGAGUUUGACAUUACUUCCAACGCGUUCGAUGUCAUGCGGAAAGCUUCCAAGAAGAAGAUCGUGGUUGAUGAGUUUGACAAAAAGAAAAGCAAGGCAAAGGAAAUGGUCAACGAACAGGCCGAAGAGUCUGAGGACGAGUACGCUGGUUUAGGAGGUGCGAGCGAUGACGAGGACGGCGAAGAAGAUGAUUAUGUUAAAGGAAUCAUUGAUGAUGAAGGUGGAAAAGAUGUAGAUGAGAGAAAAAUUGCUGCUUUCUAUGCUGAUCGCGAAAGAGCAAACGACGAGAAGCAGGUAGAGAAGCUCUACAAGGACAUCACGAACGGCAUGCUGAGACGCAAACGCGGGGCUGACUAUGACCUGUCAGACUCUGACGAUGGUGGUGAAGCUCGAAAACGGAUGAAACGCAAAGAGUUUGCCAAAAUGCGCAAAGCUCUCUUGGCUGAUGAGCGAAUUGGCAAGAUUGCUGAGAAUCCCAAGAAACAAGCGUUCUUGCGAGCCAUUGAGGAUCGUGGUAGUGAGGAUGAGAUGGACUUCUUGGGGGAUUUUGCGGAGCAGGAGGAAACUACCGAUUCUCAAUCUCAGGGAGAGGGAUCACAGCAUAUCAUUCCUGAUAGUCAACCGACCGGCAUGGGGCCACCAAAGCGAAAGAGCUCUGAUGACUCUAUAGAGACUGAGAGCAGACCUCCACCGCAUCCUCGCCGAACGAAACCAGUAAAGAAGCCAUCAAACCUUUCUGAGAUCAGGGAGUCUCUCUCAAGCAUAAUCGAGGAGCCAAAUUCCGCCGUCGCACAAGUCGACUCAGGCUCCGAGACGGAAGACGAGCUAGAAAUCGAAGGCGAAGAAGAUUUAGGCUCACGCAAGGAGAAGGACAAAGAGAACCGAGACCCAUUCGCCCGUCGAAGAAAGAACGUCGCAAUCAUCGACCGCAUCUCACUCAAGCGAGCCUCUUCCAGCAGCGUCUCCAACAGCACGCGUCUUGCGUUCGCAGCCUCUUCAACUACGCCGGGCUUCAAAGUCCCUCCGUUGUUGAGGCGCGCAACUACAAAUAACAGUAUUGCGUCUUCAACUAGUUCAAGUGUCAGUGGUGGGAUGUCUGGUACCGAGCGGAUGGCUGGUGGAUCGGGAGGUAGUGAUGGGGUUAAGAGGGGGGGAGGGAAGAAUAGUGGGGUGCAUUAUUUUGCGAGGGAGAGUGAGAGGAGGGCUGCGGUUGUGAAGACGGAGAAGAGAAGGGAACAAAAGUUGGUGAAAGGGGCGCAGGUGAGGAGGAAGGUGGUUGGUGGAUUAUUUGGGGGUGGAAAGUUUGAGUAGCUGCUUUUGUUCUGCUUGAAGUUGGGAGUUGGGAGUUAGGGUCAUGGUUUGCAUAGGGUUCUUGUGGGACUCUUUCUCGAAUGGAUAGGGACUUUUAUCUUCAAAAUUGAGAGUGGAUAUUGCAUUACACGGGGAGAUAUUUGUUGAACACGGGAAAUGUACUGUACUUCGUGCAAAAUAAAUCCCGGGUCAAGUUGGCUUCCUUCUCUGCCC